CGGAGUCCGCAGACUUUGGGGAGCGGUGAUCCGAGUGGUUCUGGUAUUGUGCUGAGCAGUGGCGGAGCACUUGGAAACUCGAAACAGUUCUGAUAGAGAGGGAAUAAUGAUGCUGCGUCUACUACUGCUGGCCCUCCUCUGUGGAGGGGUCUCCGCAGGCUCUCACUCUCUCCGUUAUUUCCAUACGGCGGUGACCCCGGGGUCGGGGGUCCCUGAGUUCAUUACGGUCGGGUACGUGGACGAGGAGCCGAUCGUUUACUACGACAGUGAGUUGGGGAAGAAGGUGCCCCGUCAGCAGUGGAUGGCCGAGAGUCAGGGAGCCGACUACUGGAAACGGGAGACACAGAUCUCUCAGGGCAACGAGCCAGUGUACAAGACCAACAUCCAGACCCUCAUGAGCCGGACCAACCAGACAGGGGGGAUCCACACUUUCCAGCGGAUGUACGGCUGUGAGAUCCGUGAGGACGGGACCACCACCGGGUUCAUUCAGUACGCCUGGGACGGGUCAGACUUCAUCAGCUUCGACAAGGAGAACAUGGUGUGGGUGACCCCUGUGCCCUGGGGUCAGAUCACCAAGAACAAGUGGGACCGGGACACGGCCGAGAAGCAGCAGAGAAAGGGAUACCUGGAGCAGAUCUGCACCGAAUGGCUGACGAAAUACGUCAAGGCCGGGAACGGUCACCUGAAACCCAAUCCCCCCAAAGUCUCGUUCACCGCCUCCAAGGAUGGCCGCCACCUCUCCUGUGUGGCCACUGGCUUCUACCCUCAGUCCAUCGACGUGACUAUUCUGCGGGACGGACGGAUCCUGGGGGAGACCCAUUCCCACGGGAUCCUCCCCAAUCACGACAACAGCUACCAGCUGACCAGGACGGUGCGGGUGGAGCCCACGGACACAGCAGAGUUCUCCUGUCGGGUGGAACACCGGGGUCUCCCUGAGCCCCUCGUCCUGUUCCUGGAUCUGAAGCCCAACUCCAUCCCGAUCUUGAUCAUCGCUAUAGUUGUGGUCCUGGUGAUCCUGGUGGUGGUCAUCGCUGUUGGUAUUGCCUACAAAAAGAAAGCAGGCUGUUUUUCAGCAGGGAACAAGGGCUACAAUCCCACCAAAACUUCUGACAAAGGAGAAUCCUCCUCCAACUCCUCUGCCAUGGCCUGAGGAAAUUCAGUUCCCAGCAGGAUAUUGAUGAAGAAAUCUAUGGGAACAGAGUGUAAUCCUGGGACUCUGGGUGAUUAACAAGAUAUUCUCCGGGGAAAACUAUGAUUUAUGCUUUGAUCUUUGUGCUUGGGAAUACUGAUAAUUUGCUGAUUCACUGCAGGAGACGGGCUGUAAUGUUGCUUUUCAAAGAAAGCUGAGUCAUUUUAAUGUGUCUGGGAUGAAGUGAAGGAGCUUAGUGGGGAACAUCUCUGACCCACAGCUCAGUCCUGGUCAGCAUCUGGA